AUGGCUACGCAAUUGAGUCCAUCUGAGAGAUAUCCACUCGAUCCUGCAGGUGUACAGGAAUCCAUCCGAAAUGCCUACAAAGGGAGGCAUUAUAAGGAGUUACCAACUCCAGCGUUAAUUAUGAAAGAACCUGUAAUUGAUUCCAAUAUAAGCACUUUACUUCAAUCCAUUGAUAGUAUCAACAGCCUUUUGGAGAGACCUGUUAAGUAUCGUGCUCAUAUCAAGACUCAUAAGACAAUCGAGGGCACAUUGAAACAAUUGGGUCAUAACCUUCCUGAAUAUGAUGGCCCCAAAUAUGGUUCCAUAGUGGUGAGUACCCUUAGAGAGGCGUACUUGGUAUUGGAUUACCAUGAAAAAAAGAAGACUAAGAUCGUUACAGACAUGGCUUAUGGAUUACCUGCGUGUGUUCCUGACAUUAUUCCUCAGUUAUACGAAAUCUCCAAGAAAGUUGAUCACUUUAGAAUCUUUGUUGAUAACAUUCAACAUAUUGACUUCCUGGAAAAGUUCGCUAAGGAAUUGGGUGAUCCCGAUUUCAAGUGGUCUGUUUUCGUUAAGAUAGAUUGUGGAACCCACAGAGCUGGGGUUUUCCUAGAAGAGGACUUAAUUGCUCUUUUAGAAAGAUUACUGAAGGCAACUGAUUCCAUUGAAUUAUUUGGAUUUUACGCUCAUGCAGGACAUUCAUAUUCUAAAUCGUCUGCAGAGGCUAAUGAAUCUGUGUUGAGAGAAGAAAUUGACCAUGUCAAUAAUGCUUGCAAUACACUUCUUGCAAUUGACGAGGAAUAUCCAGUUUCUAAGUUGAUAUUGAGUGUUGGUGCUUCACCCACCGCAAGGUCUUUCCAAUAUGCUACGAACACUUCUGAACUCUCCCAAUACAUUAAUAACUUACAUGGGACUCUAGAAUUGCAUGCAGGUAACUUAAUGAUUUCUGACUUGCAACAGGUUUCUACAGGUGCGAUUACAGAGCAUAAUAUUUCCUCUUUUGUUUUAGGUACUGUCAUAUCGCAAUACCCAAAGAGAGGCAAUUCAAUUGGGGAAAUGUUAACGAACACUGGUGUUUUAUCAAUGACAAAAGAAGUUUCCCACAAAUUCCCGGGCUAUGGUUUGUUGCCUGAACACCCAGAGUAUGGACAGUGGUUUUUACAAAGACUCUCCCAAGAACAUGGUAUUUUGCAGCCGCUAGAUGACGAUUGCAAAAUGAUACCUCACGGUACAAAAGUUGAAAUACUAAUGCAACACGUAUGUAUCACCAUGGCAUGUUUCGGUCACUAUUUUGUGGUGAAUGAUGAAGGCAUAAUUACUGAUGUCUGGAUUCCAUGUAGAGGCUGGUAA